AUGCAAAGGGGUCGUUUACAAGAAAUUUUUCCGGUUGCUUAUAAAGCUUCAAGGCAUAAGGAAGCUUCUAUAGCCGAGAUGAUUGAGAAUGGGAGGUGGAAAUGUAUUUUCAGGAGGAGUUUAAACGCAAAUGAAAGACUGGAGUGGGAUUUGUUGUGCCGUGACAUCCCUAUACCAACUUUGGAAGAUGGCGACGAUGAGGUAAUCAUUUUUGAGAACUUUAGUUCCAAUAGGUGUUAUGAAUUACUGUCAGGAGAUCAAAUCCCGUGUGAUUUCAAUAGACACCUUUGGAAGACUACAAUUCCAAACAAGGUAAGCUUUAUACUCUGGGCUUCUUUCCAUGAUUUUCUUCCAACUAGAGAUAUGUUGUCUCAUAGAGGUAUCCAAAUAGAUGGCGCUUUAUGUGUGUUAUCUGGAGGCGAAAAAGAAACCACUGACCAUAUGUUUAUGCAUUGUUCUUUAUGGUAUGGGAUUAUUUCAUCAAGGCCUUCAAGAUCUCUUGGCCUUUGCCGAGGACGUUGUUUCAGUUGUUUGAAGCAUGGAAUACGAUGUCCUUAUUGGAAGAGGUAA